ACUAGUAAUAUAAUUGUUACGAAUUGCUGCAACUGUCGAAAAUACUCUACUACUCUUGGUUGCGAUAUUAAAAAAAAUAAUGACAUUAUUUGAGGGAAGUUACACGUGAGUUUAAAAGUUUCGAUUUGACGAAUCAUUUUAAAACAUGAACUAACGUGAGAGAAACAGCUGGAUAAAAAAACUUUAAUAAUUUCUAUAUUCUUUUUGUUCCACCCUUCUAAAGCUUCCGGUUGACAACGAAAAGUUCAAAAUUAUCUACGACGAAAACAAAUAAGAGGAAAAACAAACACAAAUACCCAUACAGACAAGGAAAGCCUGGAGGAAAAACGUCUGCUGCUUUAGCUGGUUGUAUUCUCUCUAACCAGCAUGACAUGUCUUGCGACAGUCCUCUGCUUAUCACUGCUAACAACAGCCUGUACAGCAUCACUUACAUUCAACACCACCAAGAAAGGCAUUCAACAUCAAAGAUUUGAUGGUUGGUAUAACAGCAAGUCCAAUCCAACAUUGGGUGCCGCCUUUCGCCCAUUGGCAUUUAAUCUACCAAACCAUUAUGAAGACCAGACAUACUUGCCAUCUGGUUCCAAUAGGCCAAAUGCAAGAUACAUCAGCAGAGAGCUAUUUCAGGGAAAGAUUGGCAAAAUGUCUACUACAAAUAAAACUGCACUGUUUGCAUACUUUGGACAGUUCCUUACCUUAGAAGUUUCCAACACUAACGAACCAGGCUGUCCAGUAGAAAUUCUGAAUGUAAAAGUUCCAAGAUGUGACGAAGACUUUGAUGACAAAUGUAGUGGUAGACAUUUUAUCCCUUAUGAACGUGUUGAUUAUGACAGGCAGUCAGGGGUUUCUCCAAACAACCCAAGGAAACAGAUAAACCAAGUAACCAGUUUUUUGGAUGGCAGUGCAAUCUAUGGGAACAAUGAAGUGACGGCUAAUAUUCUUCGAGAUUGGAAAACUGGUAAAUUGGAUGCAGAUGACCUGUGGCACAAAUUCCCUUCUUUCAACACGAUGAGACUUGGGAACUGGAGAUUUCCAGUUUUUCAUUCCCAUGGUUACCCAGAUGCAUCAAAAUACUGGAAAUUUGGUAAUCACCAUGCACAUGAAAAUCCUGCUCUUAUUACACUAAGUGUACUGUUCUUUCGGUGGCACAAUCACCUUGUUGAUGAAUUAAAGGUACAUUUUGAAAUGAAUGCUGAUGAAUUAUUUUACAAAGCUCGAAGUUGGGUAAUUGCUUCAUUGCAGAACAUUGUAAUUUAUGAAUGGCUACCAACAUUCCUCAAUGAAACUGUUGAACCCUAUCAAGGUUACAAACCAAGUGUUGAUCCCAGUCUGGCUGCCAUUUAUGAUGCUGUUGUCAUGAACUACUAUUUGACAUUAAUGCCGUCUGUCAUUUAUCGCAGGGAUUCUUCAUGCAAUUACCGACAUCCAUUGAGAUUUUGUAAUACAUUUUGGAAAGGACAAGAUUAUCUAAAAGAGUAUGAGACUUCUUUUCAAGAAUUUCUUUAUGGUAUGACUUCUCAACUAGCUGAAGCAGACGACAUGACCAUUGUGGAUGAUUUUAAAGGGCGGAAUCAUGGCACCUUAUAUUACAAUUUACAAGACAAAGUUGUCCAGAUAAUAAUGAAAGGUCGUGAUUACGGACUCCCUGAUUACAAUACUGCAAGAGCUGCACUCGGCAUGAAAAAAAUUGAAUCUUGGCAAGAUAUCAACCCAGAAUUAGCUAAUUCUAAUCCAGAGCUGAUAAAAAAGAUGGAAUCGGUUCAUAAAUCUUUAGAUAACAUUGAUAUAUUUACUGGAGCUCUGAUGGAAACUACUGCAAAUGGACCAGGAGAGCUAAUAAGAACCCUGACAAAAGAACAACUGUUGCGAUUGAGAGAUGGAGAUCGAUUUUGGUUUGAAAAUAUACGAAAUGGGUUAUUUACGGAGGAAGAAAUUGCAAAUAUUCGAAAUAUUACAAUGAGUUCUAUAAUUCACCAUGUUGCAAAGAUUAAAAAAGAUUCCCUGCAAGAUAAUGUAUUCAUCAGAUCUCUAUCUCGUCGAUGUCCGCCACCUUUGCCAGUCAAUGAGUCAAACCUAGAAACAUGUCCUGAUUUACAUGGAUUUAACUUUUUCUCUGGAAGUGAAAUCUCUUUCAUUGCCACAUGGAUUGGAAUCGCAUUAAUUCCUGGCAUAUUCCUUCUCUUGACCUACACACUGGGAUGGUAUAAAAGAUGUUAUACGAAUAAAUUGAAGAAUCAGUUCACGAAAAGUAACCAUUCUGUUGAGACGCUACAAGAUACGACUCAAAAUGUCUACAGAGUCUUGGAAUGGAUUGAACAUCCAGAGUCUUCAACUGCGCUAGAAAUUUUAUUUCGUGAAAGUGCUACAAUAGACAUGUGGGAAAAUGGUAAAAGAAUUCGGACUUUAUGCUUUCAAGACAUGGAUGAUAUUGACAUAACUCUUGCAGUCAACAGGGGCUGUACAUUUCUCCUCAUUAAAGUACCAAGAUCAUAUGAUUUAAUUCUGCAAUUUAAAACAGAACAGGACCGUUUAAGGUUUGCUGAAGAAACAGACAGUGGCAUAAAAAGAAAUGGUAAAAAAGUCACCUGGCACUAUACGAAGCAGAAAGAGCUGUUGUCUUCAGCUAUUACAAGGAAGAAGAGAAAGAAACUUUUGGAAAAAUUCCUCAAGAAUGUCUUUUCUGAGGCAUUUCAUUUAGAUUAUGAUCCUAAUUUGGAUAAAAAACAGAUGCACCACUCUAAAGAGAUGCUGGACUUUGAGAUGUCAAAAGCUGAAUUUGCAGAAGCUUUGGCAAUGAAAACCGACUCCGAAUUUGUUGAACGAAUGUUUAGUCUUGCUGACACUGGGAAUAAAAAUUACAUUUCCUUCCGUGAUUUUUUCAACAUUGUUGCAUUAUUCACAAAGGGUACAGCCACAGACAAGUUAAAGAUGUUAUUUCGCAUGUAUGAUGUGGAUUCUAGUGAAACUCUGGACAGAUCUGAAAUUUUGGUAAUGUUCAAAUCUCUUUUGGACAUGGGAAAAUGUGAACUCACAGAUGACGAGAUUGAUGCUUUGGUGAACUCUUUUAUCAAACAGACUGCGAGUGAAGAUAAAUCUUACAUAAACUUUGAAGAGUUUUGUAAUAUAAUAGCGCCACAAAUAAGCAAAAUGUGCAAUCUAUCAAUAAACUGGAAAGCACCGAAGGAAUGUUUCCCAGGAAAGCGAAAUUUGGACAAAUCAAUUCAACUAGCAGUCCCCAAACAAAAUCUUGACAAACACGAGUUGCAGAGGAAUUUUGUAUCUUUUACAAAAUAUACCCCUGUUAAAGCAAAGAUAAUUUCAGUGAAAAAUUUUGUGGAAAACUACAGACAGCACAUUUUCUUUUUAAUUUUGCUCUACACUUUUACCUUGGGAGUUUUUGCUGAAAGAUUUUAUUAUUAUUCAGUAGAAAAUGAACAUGUUGGCCUGCGUCGCAUGAUGGGUUAUGGCUUGAGUGUAACUCGAGGUGCUGCAGCAAGUAUGUCCUUCAAUUUUAGCUUGUUGCUGCUGACAAUGUGUAGAAACCUUAUAACCUUUUUGAGGGGCACAUUUCUCAACAUGUAUAUUCCAUUUGAUUCAAAUGUUGCUUUCCAUAAAUUAGUAGCCUGGAAUGCACUCUUCUUCACAGCGCUACAUGUAAUUGGAUAUGGCUUCAAUUUCUAUCAUGUUGCCACUCAACCUUCAGCACUUUUAUGUAUAUUUCGAAACAUUGUCUUCAGAUCUGAUUACUUACCCAAAUUUCACUUUUGGGUUUUUGGAAACAUUACUGGAAUUACUGGUGUGCUGUUAAUAAUCCUUGUCUGUGUUGUGUAUAUGUUUGCCACCCAGCAGAGUCGACGUUAUAUCUUCAGUGCAUUUUGGCUCACCCAUAAACUAAUAAUUCCAUUGUAUAUCAUUACAAUACUUCAUGGUAGUGCAGUGGUUGUGCAGAGACCAAUGUUUUGGGUCUAUUUUAUUGGACCAGCUAUUCUUUUCAGUAUUGAUAAAUUGGUGAGUUUAAGCCGAAAACGUACAGAAAUAAGUGUUAUCCGAGCUGAGAAACUGCCCAGUGAUGUAACUUAUAUUGAGUUUAAACGCCCACAAGAUUUUGAUUACAAGUCUGGACAAUGGGUGAAAAUAGCCUGUGCUUCAAUUAGUGCUGGAGAAUUCCAUCCUUUUACUUUGACAUCGGCACCUUAUGAAGACACACUUUCAGUGCAUAUAAGAGCUCUUGGACCAUGGACCUGGAAGAUGCGUGGAAUAUUUGAUCCUGUGAACCUAAAAGAAGAACCUUAUCCAAAAUUAUAUUUAGAUGGUCCUUAUGGUGCUGGACAACAAGAUUGGUAUCGGUUUGACAUCAGUGUUUUGGUUGGUGCUGGAAUUGGAGUAACACCUUAUGCUUCAAUCUUAAAGGAUUUUGUGAAAAUGUCUGCAAUAAAAAAUACUUACAAGAUGAGAUGUCAAAAACUGUAUUUUAUUUGGGUCACUGGUAGUCACAGACAUUUUGAAUGGCUCAUUGAUAUUCUUCAAGAGGUAGAAAGAGUCGAUACAAAAGGAUUGGUUGAAAUAGAGAUUUUUAUCACUAAAUUCUUUCAGAAUUAUGAUUUGAGGACAGCAAUGAUGUUUAUUUGUGAAGAAUAUUUCCAGAAACUUUCAAUGGGAAGAAGUGUUUUUACAGGCUUAAAAGCUAAAACACACUUUGGGAGGCCACAACUUGUUGAAAUGCUACAGCAUAUACAUAAAUGCAAUUCUCAGGUGCGAAAUGUUGGUGUUUUCAGUUGUGGACCACAUGGAAUAACCAAAAGCGUUGAAAGAGCUUGUAAUGAAGCUGGCAAAACAACAAAAGCACUUUUUAAACAUCAUUAUGAAAAUUUUUAAGACUGCUCAUAUUCUAAAUUUUAGACAUCUUCAUUCCACAUUGUGGGAUUAUAACUGGACUUAACUAAUCAAUGACUCUUUUGGUGAUAGAAGUGAAAAUAAAGAUCUAUGUACAGUUUUUGUUUUAGAUAUGUGAUCAAAAAUCUUUUUUCCCUUUUCCCAAUCAUAUAUGUAAAUUUCUUGAUAUAAUUAACAUGUAUCUGCUGUUUACUCUCCCCAACAUAAUGAGUUUUAUAUCGGAUAAUGUUUGCACAUUGUAUAAUAUAUAAUUUUAUAAUGCAUUAUGUUAUAUAUAUAUAAUGUUUUACAGAAAUAAAAUCGGGUGUAUUUGAUUUGUAUAUAUAAAAAACUCAUCAAAAUAAAGUCUAAAUACAGGAAACAUAUUCCAACCUGAUAAAUCAUAACUCUAAAGAUUUUAUAUUUUAAUAUAAAUUUUGAAUAUUUGAGGAUAUUAAAUGCAACCAUUUUGUUUUUAUGAAGGUUUAACCCUCUUGUAUGUAGAUUGGCUACAUCAGAUCCAAAUCUUCUACCUGUUUUAUGUUCAAAUUAACCAGAUCCAGCCUCUUACACCUACCCUGCAAUCACAUCAUUGAAAUUAUGAAGCUAAGAGUCAAUUGAUUAAAUCCAAUGUAAAUGAAUAAACAUUACAUUUGACUGAGUAAUUUGAAUGAUAAAGGGUUAAAGAUUUAGAGAAUAGCUAUUUUAUAUUCAAUAUUACCAAUAUACUUUCUUGUUGAAAUCUUUUGUCAGAAUUUCUUAAACCAUUAUCAUUAUUUCACCUUUUUUUAAUGUCAAUAAAAAAUCUCUGAGUUUUUA